UGAUUGGUUCUUCUGACACCCGCGAGGGGUUGCAAGCGAAGAUUUGCGAAAGGGUUUAUUGUUUCUUCCUUUCGGGAGCCGAAAUUAUUUCAUAACAGUUCUACAAUCAAAUAAGGCGAAAAAUGGCUGGGGGCAAGGCCGGAAAAGACAGUGGCAAAGCGAAAGCAAAGGCGGUAUCUCGCUCCCAGAGGGCUGGACUGCAGUUUCCAGUGGGACGUAUCCACAGGCACUUGAAGACCCGCACAACCAGCCAUGGUCGUGUGGGAGCCACAGCGGCCGUCUACAGUGCAGCUAUCCUCGAGUACCUCACCGCUGAAGUGCUGGAGUUGGCAGGAAACGCCUCUAAAGAUCUCAAGGUGAAGCGUAUCACCCCCCGUCACUUGCAACUCGCCAUCCGCGGUGAUGAGGAGUUGGACUCUCUCAUCAAGGCAACGAUCGCAGGAGGCGGUGUGAUCCCUCACAUCCACAAGUCCCUCAUUGGAAAGAAGGGUCAGCAGAAGACUGCAUAGAUGCAGUGUUUUAGCUGAAAUGUUGGUGCUUGGGUUGGACCAGAUAUUUUGUUUUCAUUUUUCCUUUUUUUUUAUUAAUAUUAUAGCUAAAGAAGAGUGAUUUUUAGAAUUUGUUAUUGUAAUAUUCUCCCCCAUAAUCAUGGAAAAAGCCCACAUUAGAAGGAAGAGGGAGGGAUGCUUAUUGUUACUGUAGAACGUCUGACUGGGGAGUUCUUCAUUUGUUAAUUGUAAUUUGUUUGAUUGGCCUGGGAUUCUGUAAUGUUUUAUACAAAAAAAUGGACUUGUUAAACCAUUUUUAUACAAAAAACCAACCUGUGUUGUGGUCAUUUCCUUAGAACAUUUCGCAUGAUUUUAGACGUCUAACCCGUACCCCCUUUCUCAUAAAUCAAUUAUUGUUAGGAGACUAUUGAACCAGGUAAAAAAAAAAGACACUAAAUUCUUUGCACAGCAAAUUGUGUCUUUAUCUUGUGAACAUAUGAUACACCAGCAGGUGGUAGUGAUGUUCAUGUUUUUAUUCAAAAUAGGCUGAAUCAAUCUACCAUAGUUGAGUGUCUGCCUGUAAACAAGUGCAAAUAAGGGACCAUGUUCUAUGCUAUAUUCUUGGCCAAAAAAAAUCCCUCGAGCUAGUACAUUGCUUAAAAACGUAAUUACUCAAUAACUGAUGUUUGCAUAUGUACCUCAUCUGUUCCCCGCAUUGCCUGAUGGUGGCAGACAGGCUUUGAAUUUCACAUUUAUAAAAUGAUUCUUAAUUAUAAAAAAAUGUUUAUAUUAAAUAAACCAAGACUUUUCAAGAUUUGAACCAAA